CUUUGUCAUCCUUAGAAGCGGGAAACCGGUUGAGUGAAAUCUUAAAAGUUUAUUUUCCAUUUUUAUUGUGCGUUGAAUUACAUUUUGGUCACAAUAAGUUAUCCUUCCUCGGCGUUCCUCGGCGUUCCUCGGCUGGGCGUCUGAAAACCUGUUGAAGAAAAACAAAGGAAAAUUAUUAAAUUAGUAGUGAGUAAUUUGAAUCAUAUUUAACUUACCUUGCGAAAUGAAAUAGUAAUUCCGAAAUUUAGUUCACUCAGGAAGUCGUGCGAUCGCGUGAUUAUUUGGAACUGCGGAGAAAUAAGUAGGACACUCGAUGUAAGUUUAUUGUUAAGUCUAGCGAGAAUUCUGUUAAUUAAAAGAAACUUUUAGCUUUUAGCUACACCCAGCAAAAAACGGAGUUGCUUAAAAGGGUCCGAAAAUCGUUCCAACAAAUCUAAAAGAUCGACCCAUCGAGCCAUGACUUCCAGCUGCGGAGCCGGUUGCCAGUUGCCGGAUGAUGAUCGCAUGGUGCAAUGCGAUGUUUGCGACUUGUGGUGGCAUUACGGGUGCGUGGGAGUUGGUGACAGCAUCGCAGAGAAGGAUUUCGUCUGCCCCAAGUGCACCAAAUCCAAAGAAGCACCACUACCGACGGGAAAUGACAACAUUUCUAUCUCGACGGUGAGUUCAACGAAGCGACAUGCUCAACGUGCCAAACUUAACCUCCAAAAGUUGGAGGAAAUAAAAGCGCUUCAUGAGCGCGAACUCGAGCAGGAGCAGCGCGAUCAGGAACGAAUCAGCGAGCUGCAAAAAUUGCAGAAAACAGCUUAUAUCAACAAAAAGAAGCUGGAGCUGGAAAAAUUGUACGUUGAGGAGAAAUUUCGUAUACUAGAGGAGGAAGUUGACAGCGAGGAUGACCGACAAAGCAGGAGAUCGAACAACAGUUGCAGCAAUAGAACACUUCGAUGGAAGAUGGACCGACUUCUGGGCAAAGCAACGGAUUCAACGACCGUAUUCAUCGCUCCGGAAACAGCGUCUACUCCGGUGUCUGCAGCAACGACGGGGAUCACAUCUGGCGUCGUGAAUUCUGAUCCUGAAGGUUUAGCUUCCGCCUUCCCGAACUUGAACAUCCAGACUUCUUCAAGCUCCACCCCCAAACUUUUCCCUGCACAAACAGGUACGUCCUAUCUUUCUCAACCUGACCGACAGGUGAUAUUUUCCGGCGGUUCGAGAACUGCUGCUACGGUGAAUACGAGUACGGCCAACACUUUUGUUUCGGAUACUAUUACUAAACCUUUGUUAUCCACUGGCGCUAGGCCAAAGAAUAGUGAGCAAUUUCGAUCAUCUCAAGGUCAGCUUCCGGAAGCAGAAUCGAUUUUAGUUUCGAAUCCAAUUCUUUCGAAUUUUGAGGGAAAUUACAAUGUGUCAGCCCCAAGUUUUGUUCCCGGUUUAUCGAUUAGCACUUCUUCAAGUUCAGUGCCGCAAAAUACUGUGCCUUCAAGCUAUGGCCAAUUGCCUAGCCGAAUGUUACCAUACAUUAUUAGUCAGCAAACGCAGGCGCGUGAGCCUGUAUCAGUCAACCAGUUUAAUUCAACGUUUCAUAAUCCCACCGUUGGUGCUGUGGUGUCCGGACCAGUCAGUGAGCAGUGUGUGAACCCUAUGCGAGAAUCCUAUCCUCCCCCUCCGUUCCCCCUGCUGCCUGUAACGAACUCGUCUUCCUGGAAUGUGAACAACCAGAGUGCCUACAGAGUGAAUCCAGUGAAUGUGAAUCGGAGCAGCACUGAUGUGAAUUUUAACCCGUACCAGUCGAUGAGGAGCUUGACUUCGGAGCAUAUUGCGGCGCGUCAGCUGAUGUCGAAAGAUUUACCCAUCUUUUCUGGCAAUCCAGAGGAUUGGCCGUUAUUCUUCGGGAUCUACAACAACACCUCUCAUGCUUGUGGUUAUUCGGACGUCGAGAAUUUGACACGGCUGCAACGAUGUCUUCGAGGGGAUGCGCUGGAUGCGGUGCGGAGUAAGCUGCUGAUACCGUCUGCCGUGCCGAUGAUCAUCGAGACGCUGAGGCAGAUGUACGGGAGGCCGGAAAUAAUGAUCUUUUCGCUGCUGAGGAAGGUGAAGGAGACUCCUGCUCCAAAGCCGGACAAAUUAGAGAAGCUGAUAACGUUCGGCACGGUGGUUGGAAAUCUUUGUGAUCAUCUGGAAGCUGGACAACAAGAAGCACACCUGAAUAACCCGACGCUGCUGUUCGAGCUGAUUGCCAAAUUGCCCACCCAACUCCAAAUGGAUUGGUCAAUGUUUAAAGAUCAGUUUGUGGAGGUCAACCUGCGAACCUUUGCCCGGUUCAUGUCGGUGCUAGUGAAAGCCGCUUCAGACGUCACCUUGCCCGCGCGUGUCAAGCCCGAUCAGAGAGGCGCCAAAGCUGGAAGGAGCAGUGAGCGGAAUUUCGUUCAUGCUCAUUCCGAAGUGCGACCGUAUUCGGAAGAGCCGCCAGUACCGCAACGAGAUCGCAAUUCGGAAGCCGUAGAUAGCAGAAACUGCAAGGUUUGUAAGCAAGCCGAUCACAAGGUUCGAGAUUGCGACGUAUUCAAGCGCAAGGACUUGGAGGAGCGAUGGAGGAUCGUGAAAGAGUUGCCGCUAUGUAGAACCUGCCUCUUUCAACACGGUCGGCGUCCCUGCAAGGAGAAGAAAGCGUGCGGUGUGCAGGGUUGCGAUUACAAACAUCAUCCACUACUGCAUAACCCGAAGAAAAAUCAGCCGAAUGUACCUGCUAGUGUGAACAGCCACCGAAACGAAAACCCGAAAGCUUUGUUCCGGAUUCUGCCAGUAACCCUGCACAGCCGCGGACGCUCGAUCGACGUAUAUGCUUUCCUGGACGAUGGGUCGUCUAUCACGUUGAUGGAGAAUGGCAUAGCGGAACAACUGGGACUCGAAGGAAAAAGCGACGUUUUGUGUAUGUCUUGGACAGCGGACGUCACCCGAGAGGAGCCCAAUUCGAAAUGGGUAUCGCUGGAUGUUUCGGGACAAGGCAGCUCCAGGUGUUUCCCCCUAACGAAUAUCCGGACGGUGGAGAAACUUUCUUUGCCGGUCCAAUCACUCGAAUAUCGUCGAUUGUCGUCCCGUUUUCCCCAUUUAGCUGGUCUACCGAUAUGCGACUACGAAGAUGCUGUUCCCCAGAUUCUCAUUGGAAAUGACAAUGCUCAUUUGUCGGUAGCUCUUCGGAAGCGCGAAGGCGAGCCUCACUCCCCGAUUGCAACGAAAUCCCGCCUUGGAUGGUCCAUCCAUGGAACUUGGUCGAAGCCUGGAGAAACUCUCGUCACCUACAGUUUCCAUAUUUGUGAAUGUUCUUCCCAGAUGAGUAGCCUGCACGAGAUGGUGAAGCAGUCGUUUGCCGUGGACAAUUUAGGAAUUGCCGUGUGCCCGAGUCCAGAAUCCGACGAAGAUCGAAGAGCGCGCCGAAUCCUGAUAGAGACCACCAAGCGAGUAGCCGGACGUUACGAGACGGGCCUCCUAUGGAAACACGACUAUUUCGAAUUCCCGGAUAACUUUGCGAUGGCGGUGAAACGAAUGUCUUGUUUAGAGCGACGCAUGGCAGCAGAUUCUAUCAUCGGCGAGAGUGUCAGGAAGCAGAUUGCGGAAUACCAAGAGAAGGGGUACCUGAUCAAAGCGACGAAGGCGGAGUUGGAAGCGGCGGAUCCUCGACGGACGUGGUACUUGCCACUGGGCGUUGUCGUCAAUCCCAAAAAGCCCGGCAAGGUGAGAAUCUUUUGCGACGCGGCGGCGAAGGUUGACGGCAUUUGUUUGAACACUAUGCUGAUGAAAGGUCCGGAUCUGUUGGUGUCGCUGCCGAAGGUGUUGUGCGGGUUCCGAGAAAAGCGGAUCGCGGUGUGUGCCGAUAUCCGUGAGAUGUUUCACCGAGUCCUCAUUCACGACGAAGACAUCCACGCACAAAGGAUUCUCUGGAGAUCGCAUCCCGAGCAGGAGCCUGAGAUACUGCUGAUGAAAGUGGCCACCUUUGGUGCUUCUUGCUCUCCGUGUUCCGCACAGUACGUCAAAAACGCGAACGCCCGAGAGCAUGAAGAAAGAUUCCCACGAGCAGCAGAAUCGAUCAUUCAUCACCAUUACAUGGACGACUACCUCCAGAGCUUUGAUAGUCCAGAAGAAGAAGCGGAGACUGCUUUACAAGUCCGAUUCGUGCAUUCCCAAGCAGGGUUCGAAAUUCAUUCUUGGUCUUCGAACAACGAUGAAGUUUUGCGAGCUGUUGGAGAAUCCGACCCUUCCUCUGUGAAGUUUUUCGAUACUACUGAGUCCGUUUCUACUGAAAGAAUCUUGGGCAUGUUUUGGGUCCGGUCGGAAGAUGCAUUCACAUUCUCUUCCAGCCUCGGGCGUGUACCAGUGUGGCCCACAAAACGAGAGGUUUUACGCAUAGUUAUGAGCAUCUACGACCCCCUAGGUCUCCUGUCCCACUUCACCAUCCAUGGAAAGAUCCUCAUCCAGGACAUUUGGAGAAGCGGAAAGUCCUGGGAUGAACUAAUUCCGGAGGAUAUCCACAAGCGUUGGGAGAAAUGGAUUGCUUUAUUCCCGCAACUGAACGAGAUCCGCAUACCCCGUGCAUAUUUCCCCAGUUGGACUUCCCGCGAUCUUGGAGCAUUGCAAUUACAUGCAUUUGUAGACGCCAGCGAAUCCGCUUACGCAUGCGCCGUAUACUUGCGGGCAGAAGUAGAUGGGAUAGUCGAGUGUGCGCUUAUAUCGGCGAAAGCGAAAGUGACACCGUUGAAAACACUGACGAUACCACGGGCGGAGCUGAUGGCAGCACUCAUAGGAAGUCGUUUGAUCGACAACAUUGUCAAGGACCACUCUUUGGAAAUCACCCGACGAGUAAUUUGGACCGAUUCGCGCACCGUUCUGGCGUGGAUUACUUCUGAUCUUAGGCGUUACAAUCAGUUCGUAUCGUGUCGCAUAGGGGAAAUCAUCGAGAAAACAAACCCUUCGGAGUGGAGGUGGAUUCCCAGCAAGCUGAACGUGGCGGACGAUGCAACGAAGUGGGGCGCAGGACCGGAUUUGGCCGCAGCUAGCAGAUGGUGGUCAGGACCGAAGUUUCUCUAUGAGACCGAAGAGAAUUGGCCGGCUCAGGAAACGAAAUCUCAAGAACCGACGGAGGAGCUUCGCGUAUCGAAGAGAGAAGUUGUGGGAGCGCAUCGUGAAGUAGACAGUUGGACCUGGCGAAUCGAUUGGGCGAAUUUCUCUCGGUGGAACAGGCUGGUUCACACAUUCGCUUAUGUAUACCGCUACGUGGGAAAUCUCGGCAGAGAAGCUAGGGGUCUCGACCUCUUGAUCGAUUCACUGGAACAAAAUGAACUGGUUGCGGCUGAGAGGCUGAUUUAUCGGACGGCGCAGAGGGAGGAGUAUCCUGAGGAAAUGGCCAUAUUGGAGUCGAACCGAGCUGGAAAGAAGAACCUGAAACGCAGCAGCAAAUUGAUAAAGCUUUCACCUUUCGUCGAUGAGCACGGGGUCAUCAGGAUGGAGUCAAGGAUCAGCGCAGCAGCUUUCGUAUCGUAUGACGCUCGGAACCCUAUCAUUCUUCCCCCGAAACAUCGACUGACGGAACUCCUGGUACAGUGGUACCACGAGAAAUAUUUGCACCGUAAUUUUAGCACAGUGGUCAACGAGCUGCGACAGAAAUACCACGUAUCGCAAUUGAAAUCGGUCGUGCGUCGGAUUGCGAAGGAAUGUGCGCAUUGUAAAGUCUACGAUGCCAAACCAGUCGUCCCUCGGAUGAGCCCUCUUCCUGCGGCGAGACUCAAAUCAUUUUGUCGCCCUUUUUCCUACGUCGGACUCGAUUAUUUCGGGCCAAUGCUUAUUCGAGUGGGUCGCAGCACCGUGAAGAGAUGGGUGGCGCUUUUCACAUGUUUGACUGUGCGGGCGGUUCAUCUGGAGGUAGUACACUCGCUUACAACGGUUUCCUGCCAGAUGGCAGUGCGGCGUUUCAUCGGUCGACGAGGAUCUCCGAUCGAAAUAUACUCGGACAACGGGACGAACUUCUGGGGCGCUCGGAACGAGCUAGUUCGGGAAAUCGAGGACAUCAACCGAAAACUGGGAACAAUUUUAUGA